AUGGCACCAAAGGCACCUGUUCGCAGGCUUACUCUUGGAUCUAGGAAGAUUCUACCCGAUGUAGUAACAGAUGAGACUCUUGUGAGAUCUGCAGCUGAGAAGGCAACACACAACUCGGAAAAGGAAGACUACUUUAAUGAACUAACUCAACUCGCCGAAGAUUUGAAUUUCGCUCCAGUUAUUCACAAGAUGACACUUACAAACAUGUUGGAGGAAAUUGAUGGAAUACCAUUGGACGAACUGGUGUUUAAUCUAUGUGACGGAUGUGAUUUGGAUGGUGUCUGUGGACCGAGUGUUGCUGCAUAUCUGGAACAGAGGCUAUAUCCUAAUGUGGUUGGAUGUGACCUACAAUUCAUAAACAACACCCUCACCAAAGCCGGAAUGAAGGAACUCUUCCUCAAACACCACGUAUCAUGUCCUCCCGGUUUCGCAGCAACGACCUCUACAGAUCUAGACGCUGAAGUCACCUCGUGGGGAAUGACAUACCCACUUUUUGUCAAGGUAUCAGACUCGUACGGAUCAGUUGGUAUAGACGACAAUAGUGUGUGUCAUGAUUCGCAAGCUCUACAUGAUAAAUGUACUGCCGUGUUUCAAGAGUUUGCGAAUCUGGUGGUCGAAGAGUACAUUGAUGGACCGGAAUUCUCGGUUUUGAUAUCCGGGGAUUCGAGAGAUCCUAAUUGUAAUGUUGUGGUGUAUCCGCCGGCUGAGAGGGCAUUCAACAAGGAUUUGCCGAGGUUUCAGAGGUUUAUUUCAUAUUUGAGAAAUUGGGACGAAUCCUUACUCGCACAUCAUUAUGCUUCAGUGACAGAUUAUAAUGAUGUAGCUGCAUUACAAGACUUGGCUCGUCGUGCUUAUAUCGCUUGUAGUGGUAACUCGUUUGGACGAGUCGAUGUACGUAAAAGAGAUACUUCUGGCAAGUUUUAUGUGUUGGAGGUCAAUGCUUCGUGUGGUCUUGGUAAAGGUUCGUCAAGUGAUUUCAUUCUUGGGUUGGCUGGACAGAGCACCAAGGAUUUCUUCCAAAUUCUGUUAUCAUCCGCACUCAAACCACCUGCCGCAUCAGAGGAAGACGGUGAUUUGGUGUCAUCGCCAACAGAGGUCUCGCCAACAACAAUCCCAUCUACUACAUUACCACCCACAGAAGAACCAGAAUCCAGUGAACCCGCAGUGCCAACAGUCGUAUUACCACCAGAAGUGGAAAAUAGGGUCCAAGAAUUACUAAAGAACCCGUCGCUCCAUAUAUUUCCAACACCUAUUCUGCAUGUCAUUGUCGCGGCGGUUAUGCUGGAAGAUGAAGGAAUUCCAGAGCCUGAGAUGUCUUUACGAGAAGCCUGGGGAAAAGAUGUUGUUUAUGUCUCGGAAUUAGAACAAGCAUUCAGGUCUUUGGGUUUCGAUCCAAUAGUGCACCUACAUCACUUUGAUGACAUUGAAGCAACACUAGACGGUCUCUCGCCCGACGAAGAUUUAGUAGUAAACGCGUGUCUAGGCGCAGAUGGCUCUGAAGUCGCACAAUUACUAGAGCAACGUGGAUUCAAGAGUCAUGUUGGUUUGAAUGCUGCGUUCUUCCGACAUUCUCGCAAUCGAAUCACGAUGAGAGAGCAUUUGAAGGCUAACAGGUUACGAAUCCCUGUUGGUGUUGCUUUGAAUGCAUCUGAUGAUGUAGCUAAAGUUGUGAAAGGUGCUUCGUUAGAGUUUCCUGUAUAUGUGAAACCUGCUACGUCGCAUCGACAUGUCGAGGGUGGAUAUGCGGGAAGGAAGGUGUGGACUUUGGAAGGGUUGCAAGCGUAUUUGAAGGUUGAGGAAGAUGUUGUCGUUGAAGAAUUUAUAAGUGGCGUUGAGUUUAAGGCUCUUGUUGCUGGAGAUGGUCGUGAUCCUAGAGCCGAUAUUAUAGUAUUUCCAGCUGUACAAAUCAUCAAGCCUACUGUCGAAGAAGAGCCAACACCAAUCAGUAAUGAUAGAGAUUUGGAUCCGGAGCCCUUUACAACGACAGCUACCGCUGAUAAUGCUGAUGGAUCCAGUCCCCGAAUAAACCGCAAAUCAUCAUUCAUACCAUCUUUACUCCGUCGCAUGACUUCAACACCCAUCUUCACAACAGCAACACCACCUAUAAUCGAGCCUAAAUACGUACGCAUGACAUCAGAAUCCAUCAUGACGCAACUGGAUAUACAAGAUGUAGCACGACGUGCAUACGUAGCUGUUGAAGGAUCAUGUUACGGGAUUGUGUCUGUUAUUCAAUCUGGUGGUGUCAAUGGUGAAUUGGUUGUAUUGGGAGUAUCGAGUGAUAUUAAAUUUGGAGGUGGAGGUAGUGCGGGAGCUAUCUUGGCGUUGGCUGGAUUGAAUGCUGAGGCUCUUUGGUCGUGGUUGUUGAAGAGGGUUGGGAGUGCGAAGGAGUUGGGACGUGUGGAAUGA